AUGGUCGCCCCUGUGCCUAGAAGUGCCUACGGGACCAGCAAUCCAGAACCUGUUGACCCGGUUCCUACAGCCUCCAGCGAGCUGGCUCCUUCGGUUGCUCCACCCAGCAGCAAUGAAGGUUCAGCCACCGCUGCAGCCGCGAGUACAGCCACAGCCAUUUGGGUGCCUGGUGAGGAUCCCGGGCUGCGCUCUGUGGACCGUGCACAAACGAAGAGGUCCGACUUCCAAGGCAGCCGGAGUUCCGACGGAGACCUUGCAAACAAGUUGCAGCCCAGUAAUAGCUGCCCUUCUCCGGCUCCAUGGAGUGAAGCAUCUCGGCCAGGCCCUGCACUCCGAAGCCAUACUAAACCACGAGGCCCUACUCUCGGCAGCUUCGCAGCCACACCAGACACUCCUGUCUAUAGCCAAGCUCACCAUCGUGGUGACCAGUCAGACCCUGUUCCUGGUCGCUCCCAUGGCAGCUCUGAAGCACCAAGCCCGGCUCGUGGCCGCCGCCGCCGCCGCCAUAGUGCUGAUGCACCAGGUACUGCUCUUGUCUGCAGCGCUGAAGUGCCAGGCCCUGUUCCUGGCCGCUCUGAAUCACCAAGUCCCACCCAUGGGCGCACCCGACGUGGCCGCCGCGGCCGCCGCACCGAAUUACCAAGCCCAGCUCGUGGUCAAGGCCAUCAAGUGGAAACUGCAACCCCUGCUCUUGGCCGUCGCCAUCACCGCCGCGUGGAACCACCAGGCCCUGCUCAGGGCCGCGGCCAACACCGUGCAGAAUCACCAAGCCCGGCUCUUGGCCGCCGUGGCCGCCAGCACCGCGUGGAACCACCAGGCCCGGCUCUUGGCCGCCGUGGCCGCCAGCACCGCGCCCGGCUCUUGGCCGCCGUGGCCGCCAGCACCGCGUGGAACCACCAGGCCCGGCUUUUGGCCGCCGUCGCCGCCAACACCGCGCUGAAUCAUCAGGCCCGGCUCUUGACCGCGCGCCGCCGCUGCGGCCUCCGCGGUGCAGAAUCACUUGGUCGCCGUCGCCGUCGCUGCCACCUCCCAUCGCCAGUUCCUGCUCUUCACAGGUGCAGCUGCCCACCACCAGGCCCUGCGCGUGGCCGAAGCCUCUACCGCACCGUACAGCCUGGAGCUACUUGUAGCCACUGCAUGGCGCCUCUCGCUUACCGCAGCAGCGUCUGCACCCCUACUGGCCAGUCUUCUCGCAGCAGCCUUAUGACGCCUGGCCGUGUCCAGCAAAGAUCCACCCUUCAUAGCCGUUCUCCACCUCAGCUGGCUGGCCAGAAUCCGCCUUCCUCUGGUGUCUCCUUUAGAAGGCUGGGCUCCCCAAGGCUUUCCAAUCCUCCUGAUUCUGAGGUCCCAAGCCUUGCAUCCCAAUCUAAUCGUCCUGUCCGCAUGCGUGCCUCCUCACCUUCGCCUCCUGGCAGAUUCUUUCCUUUACCUAUGCUUUAUGGUGAGGGCUCCUCCUCCCCCUCUCCCCCUAGUUCUCCUGCUUCCAGCUCCUCUUCUUCUUCCCCUUGGUUUUUGGGCCUGGACUCCAUCUCCACUCCUAUCCCUGAUAGCCUUAGGCGUGCCUUAAUGCCUGAGCUUGAUGACCAGAGUCCUCCCUCUCCAUGUGAGUAG